AUGCAGGAAAUGGAGUUUCCAGAAGUUUCAGAAAUUUUAGAUAAAUAUAUAAAUAACAACGAUGAACAUCGUAUAAUAGAAGAUAAUUUGGUGGAAGGAGAAACAAUGGAAAAUAGUAUAAUGGAUUAUGAGCUCCAAGAUAAUAUGGUGGAAAGUAAAAUGAUAGAAAACAGUAAUAUGGAUAUGGAGUUACAAGGCAAUAUAGUGGAAGAUGAAACAUUAGCAAAGAGUUUAAUGGAGAUCCAAGAAAAAAGUCCAGAAAAAGAAAUGCUUCUGGAUAUUUCUUCUCCUUUUAAAAAAACUUUGUUUUGGCCAGAAGUAUCAAAAAAUACCACAAAAAAUGCAGAAAAAGUUCCAUCUGUUGCUACAUCUGUAGAGUGGCAGGAUUAUUAUAAAAAAAAAGAAACAAAAAAACUAGAGAAGGAAAAACAAAUUGAAGAAAGAAAAAAAAAGCGGAUCGAAAAUAGAGAACAAAAACAAAAUGAAAAAUCACUAAGACUGGUUUCAAAAAAACAGAAAAAAAAUAAAGAAAAUACUAAACCAGAAGAGGAAAGCAAUAAAGAAGAAUCUUGGUUUUGCCAAAUUUGUGAAGAAGAUUAUGGAAAUAUUGAAAGUAGGAAAACAUCCAGUGGCCAAGCAAAUUCGUCAAAAAAAAAGUGGAAAUAUGAAGACGUUAUGAGUUUCAUGAUCCCAUUUUAUAAAGAAAGGAGGCAAAAAUCAAGUAUUCAAAACACUGACAUACAAUUAGAGAACAACAAUGAUAUGUCAUUGUCAGGAGAUGAAUCUAACUUACAAGACUUGACAGAGGAACCUGUACACCCAAGAAGUGUGUCACCUGAACAUCCAAGAAGUGUGUCACCCGGAUCUUCCCAUUAUAGUACCUCUUCUACCACAACAAAAAUUAAGAAGCAGCAAACAUCCCAAGUGGCCGAAGUACUUCAAAAUUAUUUUCAUCAAAAGCAAUCCCUAAAAGUGGAAAGAAAGGCAGAUCCUCUGCAGAAAUAUUUCGCUGCGGUAGAAGAAACCGUAAGAACAUUUCCACCUGCACUACAAAUAGAAAUAAAACAAAAAAUCUCCUCCUUAUUAUCGGAUUAUGAACUUAAAAAUUUAAAUUUAAUGGAGGCUCAACAAAAUCCAACUCAAUUGCCUCAAAAUUUAAUGGCGCAUCAGCAAAAUGAAAUUCAAUUGCCCCAAAAUUUAAUGGCCCGACAUGAAACUCAAUCGCCCUCCCAAAUAGACCAAUAUCUACCACAGUUUACACAAAAGACACCCGCACAAGUUUUUCAGUCGAGACAAAAUGAAAUGAACGACAAUGAUUAUGAUAACAGCAGUUACAUAUACCAUAAUCUGAAAUAA